AAUGCGCAUGCGUAUAGGACCGGCCCGCGCCAUUUUGGAUCGUCUUUCUGCACUAGCUAGUUGUUUCAAGCUUCCUACAUUGGUUUAUGAUUCAUUAAAUCAUUUUCAAACAAAGUGCGGAUAACAGAUAGUCGUCUUCGUGUUUGAAUUUAGUUUAAAAUUGGUCUUCGUCUGGGAAAUGGACGGAGAAGAGGACGACUUCAUGUCCGAGAGCCACUCCGAUGAUGGAGGCUGCACUCCAGUUCUGGAUGAACAUCCAGCAUCGGACAGUGAGGACGUGAGCAGCAACAGACAUCAGUCUGAGGACGAGGGCAGCAAUCACGAGGACGCGUCCUACAAUAAGCGCCGGGCUGACAGCGGCUCAGACAACGAUGCCCGGCCAGCUGUUGACAGCGACUCCGAGGCGGAAGCUAUCGGUCGCCAUGGCAAUGAAGGCAGCGACUCUGAAGCAGAGGCGGCGAGGCCUGCCGACAGCGACGAUGACUCGGUGGGCAAACGCCGGAUGAGCAUAUCAGACAACGAGGAAUCGUCGCCAGUCAAACACGCAGCCUCGGACAACGAGUAUGGGGAGGCGCCGUCCCCUGGCAGGCGCAGGGGAAGCAGCUCGGACAUGGAGGAAGCGGGGGAAGCCACCAAAGCGGCCGCAGACAGUGAUUCCGGCGAUGAGGACUUCAGAGCAAAGUCUCCUAGUCGCUCCUUCAAUGCUGACAGCGAUUCUGGCGACGAGGACGCCAAAGUAAAGUCUCCCAGCCGCCCUUACAAUGCUGAGAGCGAUUCUGGCGAUGAGGGCGCCAAAACAAAGUCUCCCAGCCGCCCUUACAAUGCUGAGAGCGAUUCUGGCGACGAGGACGCCAAAGCAAAGUCUCCCAGUCGCCCCUUAAACGCUGACAGCGAUUCUGGCGAUGAGGACGCCAAAACAAAGUCUCCUCGUCGACUUUUCAAUGCUGAUAGUGAUUCUGAGGAUGAGGACGCCAAAACAAAGUCUACCAGCCGCACUUUCAAUGUUGACAGCGAUUCUGGCGAUGAGGACGCUAAAGCAAAAUCUCCUAGCUGCUCUCUCAACGCAGACAGCGAUUCCGGCGACGAGGGCGCCAAAACAAAGUCUCCUGGCCGCCCCUUCAACGCUGACAGCGAUUCUGGCGAUGAGGACGCCAAAACAAAGUCUCCUCGUCGACCUUUCAAUGCUGACAGCGACUCUGGCGACGAGGAUGCUAAAGAAAAGUCUCCUCGCCGUUCUUUCAACGCUGACAGCGAUUCUGGGGGUGAGGGCGCUAAAGCAAAGUCUCUUAGCCGCCACUCCAAAGCGGACAGCGAUUCUGGCAAAAAGGGCGUUAAAGAAAAGUCUCCUCGCCGUUCUUUCAACGCUGACAGCGAUUCUGGGGGUGAGGGCGCUAAAGCAAAGUCUCUUAGCCGCCACUCCAAAGCGGACAGCGAUUCUGGCAAAAAGGGCGUUAAAGAAAAGUCUCCCCACCGUUCUUUCAACGCUGACAGCGAUUCCGGAGGUGAGGGCGCUAAACCAAAGUCUAUUAGCCGCCACUCCAAAGCGGACAGCGAUUCUGGCGACGGGGGCGCUAAAGAAAAGUCUCCUCGCCGCCCUUUCAACGCUGACAGCGAUUCUGGGGAUGAGGGCGCUAAAGCAAAGUCUCUUAGCCGCCAUUCCAAUGCGGACAGCGAUUCUGGCGACGAGGGUGUUAAAGCAAAGUCCCCGAGCCGCCCCUCCAACCCUGAUAGUGACUCGGACGCUGAGAUGCCGACUCGACGCAAGGCGGCGCGCGUUGACUCUGAUGACGAGGCCGAGACGCGGAAAGGGAAUGCUGAGGGGGAAGGACUGGGCAAGUGGAAGGCUGUGAUGAAGUCAGACAGCGAGGAUGAGGGCGGCGGGGGCGAGCAGAGGAAGGCCACCACAGGAAGUGAUGUCAAAAUGCAUGCGGCGCACAGAACCUCAGACAACAGCGACGAUGACGAGCAGCCAGUGAAGAGGAAGAAGGCCAUCCUAUCAGACAGUGAGGAUGAGGAGCAGACAAACAAACCAGCCAAGAGGAGUCGGGCCGUGUCGGACGACGACAACUCCGACAGUGAUGCAGACUCGGGGGGACCCGAUAAAAGUAUGGCGGCCAAACUGAGAGAGCUGGGCUCUGACAGCGGCAGCGAUGACGAUGACGGGUCAAAGCCCGCUGGCGAGAAGAAGGAUGAGAAGGCUUUGUUUGGUAGCGACAGCGACUCUGAAGACAACGAGGAGGAGAAAAUGAUUGCCGACAUCUUUGGAGAGUCUGGAGACGAGGAGGAGGAGGAGUUCACGGGAUUCAACCAGGAGGACCUGGAAGGAGACAAGGAGGAGGCCACGCAGAAGAAGCAGCGGAGGCAAGAGGAUUCUGAUUCUGACGAGGGUGUCGAGCGUGGCGGCCACGACACCAGCUUCAUGUCCGACUUUGACAUCAUGCUCGCUCGCAAGAAAGCUAUGAGCGGCAAGAAGAGGCGUCAUCGUGACGGCGGGACAUUUAUCAGCGACGCCGAUGACGUGGUCAGCGCCAUGAUCGUGAAGAUGAACGAGGCCGCCGAGGAGGACAGAACGCUCAACAGCCAGAAGAAACCGGCGUUAAAAAAGCUGACACUGCUGCCUCAAGUGGUCAUGCACCUGAAAAAGCAGGACCUGAAGGACACGUUUAUCGACAGUGGCGUCAUGUCGGCCAUCAAAGAGUGGAUCGGCCCACUUCCUGACAAGUCGCUGCCUGCACUACGAAUCCGGGAAGAGCUGCUCAAGAUCCUGCAAGAGCUACCCAGUGUGAGCCAGGAGACUUUGAAGCACAGCGGGAUCGGACGAGCCGUCAUGUUCCUGUACAAGCACCCCAAAGAAUCCCGAUCCAACAAAGACCUCGCUCUCAAGCUCAUCAACGAGUGGUCCCGGCCCAUCUUUGGCCUGACGUCCAACUACAAGGGAAUGACCAGAGAGGAGCGACAGCAGCGGGACCUCGACCAGCAGAUGCCUCAGCGCAGACGACUAAGUCAGCCUCAGCAGGCGGCGAGGGCGCAGGACCCAGACGUCUUCUCUCCACCAAGCAGCUCUGGAGGUCAGACGCCACGUCGAGACCUGGAGAAGCAGCUGACGGGAGAGGAGAAAGCGCUGCGACCCGGAGACCCGGGCUUCUGUGCCAGGGCUCGCGUGCCGAUGCCCUCCAACAAAGACUACGUUGUGCGACCCAAAUGGAACAUGGAGAUGGAAUCCAGCAGGGGUCCCAUGAAGAGAGGAGGGAUGACCCGCGUGGACAAACAGAUGCGACGAUUCGCCGACAUCCGCCGCCUCACCAAGAUAGGUCACGCCGUCAAAAUCAGUGUGGAGGGCAACAAGAUGCCGCUCUGAUUUUCAGCCCCUUAGGAUUUAUUUUCUUUCCUUUUGUUUUUCCUUUUCUUUUUUAAAUGUUAGGUUGACCAUGGCCCACUCUAUUGCACUUUUUAAAUCUCUUGUUUCUAAUGCCGUUCGGAGCGUCUCCCCUCACAGACCGUCAUCAUGAUGCUGACAUGUUGUCAGUGAAAAUUGCGUGGUCACGUGACAUUUUAGCGUCCACGAGCCACAUUGACUGCUCUAAUGGACGCUCGCAGAGCUCAGACCUGUUCGGAACCUUUCGGGCUCAAAUCUCUUCUGUUAUUAUAUUUGUUCAACCUUUUUGUUGCUGCUCAGGUCUGUGGUCUGCUCUAUCAGGUCUCAACAAAUGGUGAUGAUGUCACAACUGUUUCUGGGUCAGCUUGUCGAGACUUAGCAGGCCCAUACAGUCGCUGACACUUUUCUUAAUAAAAACUCAAAGCCAA